CGGCCUGGUCCAGAUUUCCGGUUCUGCAGCCCCCACCUCACCCGCCUCUCCUCCUCUUUCUCCUCAGAGAAAACCCAAGAUUACUGCCUCCCGCAAACUCCUGCUGAAGAGCCUGAUGCUGGCCAAGGCCAAGGAGUGCUGGGAGCAGGAACUCGAGGACCGAGAGGCUGAGAAGAAGUGCUACCUGGCCGAGCGCAUCCCGGCGCUGCAGACCCGAGGCCUGUCCCUCAGCGCCCUGCAGGACCUGUGCCGGGACCUGCACGCCAAGGUGGAGGUGGUGGACGAGGAGAGAUACGACAUUGAGGCCAAGUGCCUGCACAACACCAGGGAGAUCAAGGACCUGAAGCUCAAGGUGCUGGACCUGCGCGGGAAGUUCAAGCGCCCCCCCCUGCGGCGCGUCCGCGUCUCGGCCGACGCCAUGCUGCGCGCCCUGCUGGGCUCCAAGCACAAGGUGUCCAUGGACCUGCGCGCCAACCUCAAGUCUGUGAAGAAGGAGGACACGGAGAAGGAGCGGCCCGUGGAGGUGGGCGACUGGAGGAAGAACGUGGAGGCCAUGUCCGGGAUGGAGGGCCGCAAGAAGAUGUUUGACGCGGCCAAGUCCCCGACCGCCCAGUAGAGGCAGCUGGCCAAGCUGUGCUCCGGGUGCCCUGCCGGUCCCUUCCUCCAGCCCCUCCCGCCGGCCUCUCAGCACACCCCCUGCACUGCAGAGCGCCCCCCGCUCCCACACCUCCCCUCCAGCCUGAGCGCCUGCCGGGGGAACUGGGAUUAACAGACACAAGAGGGGAGGAACGGCAGCGUCUGAAGACCUCGCCUGGCUGGCGGGCGGGCUCCCUGGGGCUCCUGACCGCCGUGGGGCACCCAGGCCACGGGGAGGCAUGCACCCUCCACUCUGUACGUCAGGCGCCCGUGGGCGGCACAGCCUCUCUAUUAAAGCCAGUGUCCCGGUCA